AUGGACGUCCGAGCGGCAGCGCAGGGCCGAGCAGCCGCCGGGCGGGUCGCGCUGUUGGCUGUGCUGCUGCUGGGCUUGUGCUGCCGGGCGGCGCCGGAGCGGAUCCGCUACGCCAUCCCCGAGGAGCUGGGCAGAGGCUCGCUGGUGGGGCCGCUGGCGCGGGACCUGGGGCUGAGCCCGGCGGAGCUGCCGGCACGCAAGCUGCGGAUAGUCUCUAGCGAUGAAAAGCAGUACUUCACUCUCGGGGAAGAUAAUGGAAAUCUGCGGGUAAACGAGAGGAUAGACCGAGAGAGCAUCUGCGGGGCCGUGUCCCCAUGUGUCCUCAGUUUGGAGGCAUUCGUGGAAAACCCUUUCAAUAUAUUUCAUGUGAGCGUUACUGUCCAGGAUAUCAACGACAAUGCGCCGCGGUUUGACAGAGAAUUUGUUGCCAUAGAAAUGAUCGAGUCCACACCCCCUGGGGCCAGAUUCCCACUGGGCAGUGGAAGAGACCCCGACAUUGGAGCGAACUCAUUACAAAACUACCAACUUACCCCACACCCGCACUUCUCCCUUGUAGUGAGGGAGAGUCCUGAUGGGACGAAACAAGCUGAACUGGUACUGGAGAAAAGCUUAGAUCGAGAAAAACAGAGAAAUCACCAUUUAAUACUGACGGCAGUGGAUGGCGGGGAUCCAGUACGAUCAGGGACCACUCAGCUUAAGAUUAACGUGACCGACGCAAAUGACAACCCCCCGGUAUUCACCAAAGAAAUCUACAUGUUUCAGCUGCUGGAAAACCUGCCAGAGGGCUCCUUAGCCUUUCAGGUGAAAGCUACUGACAGUGACGAAGGUACAAAUGCAGAAAUUACCUACUCUUUCAAUGACAUCUCUAAGAAUGCUCUCCAGGUCUUCAGUUUGGACUCCAGGACAGGGGACGUGAGGGUUACAGGUCCCUUAGAUCAUGAGGAGGAGAAAUACUAUGAUGCGACUGUUGAGGGCAAGGACGGGGGUGGGUUGAGUGCGCACGCCAAAGUGCACAUAGAUAUUAUAGACAUCAAUGACAAUGCGCCAACUAUUACUGUCCUUCCAAUCUUGAACCCGGUACCCGAAGAUUCAGAACCGAGCACAGUUAUAGCAGUGAUCAAUGUCCGUGACAGAGACUCGGGGGAUAAUGGAAAAGUGAGCUGCAACAUCGACGGGGAUUUGCCUUUCAGACUAGAAUCGUCAUCAGCCAACACCUAUAAACUAAUAAUAGCCAGUGGCCUGGACAGAGAACAGGUCUCUGCUUACAACAUCACCAUCACUGCCAGGGACCGGGGCAGCCCGUCGCUGUGGAGCCGCGCGGCGCUGGUGCUGGAGGUAUCGGACGUGAACGACAACGCGCCGGUGUUCGAGGAGGCGGCCUACAGCGCCUACGUGGCGGAGAACAACGCGGCGGGCGCGGCGGUGCUGCGCGUGCGCGCGCGGGACGCGGACGCGGGCGCCAACGGGCGCGUGAGCUACUGGCUGGCGGGCGGCAGCGCGGGCGCGGCGCCCUACGUGUCGGUGGAGGCGCGGAGCGGCGCGGUGUACGCGCAGCGCUCGUUCGACUACGAGCAGUGCCGCGAGUUCGCGGUGGCGGUGCGGGCGCAGGACGGCGGGGCGCCGGCGCGGAGCUCGACGGCCACGGUGCGCGUCUUCGUGCUGGACCGCAACGACAACGCGCCGCGGGUGGUGGCGGUGGACGCGGACGCGGGGCGCAACGCGUGGCUGUCGUACGAGCUGGUGGCGGCGGCGGAGCCGGCGCUGUUCCGCGUGGGGCUGCACAGCGGCGAGGUGCGCACGGCGCGGGCCGUGUCGGAGCGGGACGCGGCCAAGCAGCGGCUGGUGGCCGUGGUGAAGGACCACGGGCAGCCGGCGCUGUCGGCCACGGCCACGCUGCACGUGGUGCUGGCCGAGAGCUUGCAGGAGGCGCUGCCGGAGCUGAGCGAGCGGGCGGCGGGCGCCGAGUCGCCGGCGGAGCUGCAGUUCUACCUGGUGCUGGCGCUGGCGCUGCUGUCCGCGCUCUUCGUGCUGAGCGUGGCGCUGGCCGUGCUGGCGCGGCUGCGCCGGGCCGGGCCGCCCGCCGUGCUGCGCUGCCUGGGCGCGCAGCGCUUCUCGGUGGCCGGCGCCGCCUUCCCGGCCGACUUCUGCGAGGGCACCUUGCCCUACUCCUACAACGUGUGCGUGGCGCCGGGCCGCGGCCUGCCCGAGGCCGCUUGGCUGCAGCCGCCGCCGCUGCCCAGCCUGGCCGCGGAGGAGCUGCUCGGCGGGGAGGCGUGCGGGGAGCGGAGCCCGAGCAGCAGCGCCGGACCGGGAGAGCCGCCCGCCCGCCCCGACGCACCGCAGGUCUGUGAGCCCGCGCGCUCUCGCUCUUCUCCUUCUGGCCCCCUGGGUUGUGUGUUCCGCGGGUGGGGUGGCUGGGGAGCGCUGGUGCGUGUCUCCGGGAGUGAGUGA